GGGGGAAGCGGCGCGCGGCUGCGAGCAGGACCUGUUUUGGUCUCCUGUCCAUUACGUGACCGAGGGAGGCUACAUUCCUGCGUGGAGCGUGGAUUCUGGUACCAGUUGAAGAAUGGAUGAUGAUGAUUUUGGUGGAUUUGAGGCGGCAGAGACUUUUGAUGGUGGCAAUGGAGAGACCCCGACCACGUCCCCUGCCAUCCUGUGGGCCACGUUCCCUGCAGUUCCUGGAGUCCACCUCUCUCCAGUCUCUCCCGAAGUUGUUCUGGAACAUGACCACUCCGCUCAGGCUGGCUGUUUCUUGUCUGAGUCCAUCUCUUCGCCAGAGGACACACAUGCUGAAAGCAGCUGUAUUAGCCAGACUCCUUCGAAAGCUCAGAUGCAGCAGUCAACACACACUCAUCUGGAUAUCUCACUUUUUCCAUUGGGUCUGACUGAUGAGAAAAGCAAUGGAACAAUCACUCUUGUGGAUGGUUCUGAGGAGACUGAAGCCAACGCAUCAAACAUACAGCUUCAGCAGAAAAUUUCAAGUCUGGAGAUGAAACUCAAGGUUUCUGAAGAAGAAAAACUUAGAUUAAAAAGGUAUGAUGUGGAGUCAUUGUUGGAAAAGCAUGGUGUCUUAGAAAAAGAUUUCCUUAAAGAAAAAGAGCAAGAGGCCAUUUCUUUUCAAGAUAGAUACAAAGAACUGCAGGAAAAGCAUAAACAAGAACUGGAAGACAUGAGGAGAGCCGGCCACGAAGCCCUCAGCAUCAUUGUGGAUGAGUAUAAGGCCCUGCUACAGUCUUCUGUUCAGCAGCAAGUUGAAGCGAUUGAAAAACAGUACAUUUCUGCAAUAGAGAAACAGGCGCACAAAUGUGAAGAGCUGUUAGACGCUCAGCAUCAGAGGCUUCUUGAAAUGCUAGAUAAAGAGAAGGAACUCUUAAAAGAAAAAAUAAAGGAAGCUUUGUUUCAGCAGUCUCAAGAACAGAAGGAAAUUUUUGAAAAAUGUUUGGAGGAAGAAAGGCAAAGAAAUAAAGAGGCUCUAGCAUCGGCUGCAAAGCUUGAGAAAGAAGCAAUGAAGGAGGCAGUUUUGAAAGCCAUCGAAGAAGAAAGAAAGAACUUAGAAAAAAUCCAUGCUGAAGAACGGGAGUUGUGGAAGAUAGACCAUGCAAAAGAUCAAGAAGCAAUAUCACAGGCAAUUCAGAAAGCUGUACAAGAGCAAAGAGAAAUCAGUCAGGAAACUAUUAAGGCAGCAAUAAUGGAAGAACAGAAGCGAAGUGAAAAGGCUGUGGAAGAGGCAGUGAAAAGAACAAGAGAUGAGUUGAUAGAGUAUAUAAAAGAACAAAAAAGACUUGAUCAAGUCAUCCGCCAAAGAAGCCUGUCCAGUUUGGAACUAUUUCUUGCCUGUGCUCAAAAACAGUUAAGUGCUUUAAUAGCCGCAGAACCAGUUGACGUUGAAUAAAGAACACAUGACAAGUCAACCAACACUGGCAAUGGAUAAAGCAUUAGACCUCUCAAAUAGAUGUUUUGAAUGAUAAAGAUGCUUUUCGUUUUCUUUUAAAACCUUGGAGAAUUGAUUUUUACUUCAAUGGUAAACCAAAAUAACAUUUAAUAUGGGGAAUAUUAAUUUAUUUUUGUUCUUCUUUACAAUUUACUAUUUUAUUAAUAAUUGUAGUGGCAGUAACGAUGUGAUCUGAAAACCGCUGAAAAUUACAUGAUCAAAAUUAAAUAAAUUUACAGUUUUUGUCAGCCUAUUUAUUACAUUAUUUUUGACAAAAGUUGUAAAUAUCUACUUAUUGCUUCUUAAUUAUUCUUGAUGCUGGUUGAAAUUAUAUUUUUAUUUUAUUUUGAGGAUAGAACAACAGAUUUCAGAACCAACACUUUAUCUUGAUGAUGGAUAUAACUAUAUUGGUCGUAGAUAUAACCACUUGGAGACAGAACAUUGAUGUAACAGAAUCAAUCUGGUAUUAUCAGACAUUUCU